CACACAUUGACACCUCACACACAACGCAGCAGCAUAUUAUCGAUUAUCGAUAGAUAAACAAAACAAAACGUGACGUUGCGGUGGGUAUUACAGAAACAAAACAAAACAAAAACCGCAGCACCAACUUCUUCUUCUCUUCUCUUCUUCUCAUUCCGCCGUAUUCACUUUUUCUCUCACUCUUUAACACUUUUCGCCAUUACUACUAUGUAACUUUCUCUCUCUGAAUUAACUGUCAAUUUUCCUUCUCUCUAUCUCUCUCUCUCUCUCAAACAAAGGAGUGAGAAUUAGGUUUCUUAUUGUUGCUGUUGCUGUUGCUGAAGUCGUUGUCCAAGAACAACAAUGGAGUCUCCUGAAUCUUCUUACGUGUCAUCUCCAGAAGGACCGAGGAAGCACGCUUCUUCACCUCCUCCUGAUUCACCUUCACAAGAUUCUGUAGAAAAGCCAACGUAUGUUAGGUUUCUGGUAUCAAAUUCUGCUGCUGGUUCUGUUAUUGGUAAGGGUGGUUCAACAAUCACUGAUUUUCAGUCACAAUCUGGAGCACGAAUCCAGUUGUCACGCAAUAAUGAAUUCUUCCCUGGAACCACUGAUCGGAUUAUCAUGGUAUCUGGUGCAAUCAAUGAAGUACUAAGAGCUGUAGAGCUCAUUCUUUCAAAGUUGCUCAGUGAGCUUCACAGCGAGGAUGACAAUGAUGUUGAGCCAAAAACAAAAGUGAGACUCAUUGUUCCUAAUGGUUCUUGUGGUGGAAUAAUUGGGAAGGGAGGUGCUACCAUUAGGUCAUUCAUUGAAGAAUCUCAAGCUGGCAUUAAAAUAUCUCCUCAAGAUAAUAGUUACUAUGGACAAAAUGAUAGGAUAGUAACAGUGACAGGAACUCUGGAUGAGCAGAUGCGUGGAAUUGAUUUAAUUGUUUCUAAAUUAGCUGAAGAUCCUCAUUAUUCACAUUCCAUGAGUUCUCCGUUUACAUAUUCUGGUGCUUAUGUCUCGGGUUAUCAGGGUGUUCCAUAUACAUAUGUGCUUCCAUCUGUUGCACCACCAGCAUACAACGGAGUGAAUUACAGACCUAAUGGUACUGGAGCAAAGUUCCAGAACAGCAAGGAGGAUCGAAGUAACUCAAUGACCAUUGGUGUUGCAGAUGAGCAUAUAGGAUUGGUUGUUGGCCGCGGUGGAAGGAAUAUAUCGGAUAUUAGUCAGACUAGUGGAGCAAAGAUAAAGAUAUCAGACAGAGGCGAUUACAUUUCUGGAACAACUGAUAGGAAAGUUACCAUAACAGGAUCGCAGAGAGCAAUUCGCACGGCUGAAUCUAUGAUACUGCAGAAGGUUGCUUAUGCUACCGAGAGAGUGGAGUAGUAUUCUGCAAGUUCACCUGUCUACUGUUAGAUUCUUGGUGAACCUGCUUGCUCUGCUCAUACAUUUGCUGAAUUUUGGGAUUUGUUUACAUAAAAUUAUCUGUCACUUAAUAUACUUUUGAAGAUCUUUAUUGUAGUGGGAGAGGGCAGGUUUCUUUCUUUCUUGAACUUAGACCGUUCUUACAGGAUUUCUUCUCAAACCCAUUCAAAAGAUAAGAACUAUUGGAAAGGGCUUUCGUGCUUUUCCAAAUGUAGUAUUUAGAACUAUAUUAUUCUUUUGUUGUAAGUCAACAGUUGCUAAUAUCAUAUAUAGAGUGGACAAUCCUUUUUCUAUCCUGGCAGCAGUUGACCUAUAUCUUCAAUUACUGGCCUGAGAUAAGAUCUGAGAGUUA